AUGCCCAACACCAAGACCGUCCGCGUUCCGCAUCUCGGUGGCAUCGAUGCCGCCUAUCAGAUGCCCAGGCCGUAUGACAGCUCCAAGCCGACUGUGGUGCUGGUCAACUCCUUUACCACCUCUUCGGAACUGUACCGCGCCCAGUACAAUGACAAGAGUCUGGCGGAUAUUAAUCUUCUAUCCAUUGAGCUUCUUGGACACGGCCAGACGCGGACAUCGCGCGAACACUGGACCUAUUGGGACACCGCCGAGAUGAACCUCCAGGUCCUGGAUGCACUCGGUAUCAAGAAAGCAUUCGUUCUAGGAACCAGUCAAGGCGGAUGGAUCACCGUGAUGAUGGCGCUUCUGCAGCCUGAGAGGAUCCUCGGUAUAAUACCUCUCGGAACCUCUCUGGACUCGGAAACCCAGAAAACAAGACAGCUAGGAUGCUGGGACGGGCCUAGCCUCCUCAGCCCUUUCGUCAAUGCGUGGACAACCAACCAGCCAGCCCCAGGGUUCGAGCCAUCUGAUGCCUUCUGUGACGCUAUUAUCGCAGCAGGCUUCAACAACUGCUCGGCCGAGUUGCACGAUUUCUGGAGCGCAGCCAUUAAAGGGAAUUACCAGGGCGAUGAGGGCCGUCGCCGGAUCCGCAUGGCGACUAUCAACUUGGCUGAACGUGGUGGACUGCUUUUGAGACUGUCGGAUGUGCGGUGCCCUGUGCUGUGGUUGCAUGGAACUGCAGAUGCGGUUUAUACCGUGGCAAAUGCCAAAGAGCAGAUCGAGCUGUUCACUCAGUCGCCGGAUGCAAAGCUGGUGGUUGUCGAGGAUGGUGCGCAUUUCCUCAGUUGCACCCAUCCUGAGGCUGUAGACAAUGCUCUAUUGGAGUUUGUGAAUAAGUAUAAGUGA